GCUCUACGUCACCACGCUGACUCCCCGACGCGGCCACGUCAUCGCGCAUUGGGCCCGAGAGCGCGGGCCGGGACGAGGCGCGCGGCGAGUUCGUUAAACCGCCGUCUCCCUCUCACAGUCGACAAUGUUUUACCACAUUUCUUUGGAACAUGAGAUCCUCCUUCACCCUCGAUACUUUGGCCCUAAUCUCCUCAAUACCGUCAAACAGAAGCUCUUCACUGAGGUGGAAGGAACCUGCACUGGAAAGUAUGGAUUUGUCAUCGCAGUCACUACCAUAGACAACAUUGGUGCAGGCGUCAUUCAGCCCGGACGGGGAUUUGUGCUGUACCCUGUCAAGUACAAGGCCAUUGUUUUCCGCCCCUUUAAGGGAGAGGUUGUCGAUGCUGUGGUCACGCAGGUCAACAAGGUUGGACUCUUCACUGAAAUUGGCCCCAUGUCCUGCUUCAUCUCCAGACAUUCUAUCCCAUCAGAAAUGGAAUUUGAUCCCAAUUCUAACCCUCCCUGCUACAAGACCAGCGAUGAGGAUAUCGUCAUCCAGCAAGAUGAUGAAAUUCGACUGAAAGUUGUCGGAACCAGGGUGGAUAAAAACGACAUUUUUGCCAUUGGCUCUCUGAUGGAUGACUUCCUCGGACUUGUGAGCUAAAGCUACCGCAGGCCACCCGGAGCUGCUGGAGGGGUGGGUGUGUGGAUACAGACUCUGAAGACGACCGCUCGCCUUCCCCAGUGCAAUAUCUUCACGCCACCUCUCCCGGACCUGCUCAAUGUCAACACGCCUGCUCUGUGGGUGCCGAUCUGUUCCGAGGACCAAGCCUGCUUUAAAACGGCCGUGUUGGUUGGAGCCACGAUGCCCUCUUCCCUGGAUUAGCCACGGUGAUCCUUCUCGGCCCAAAGGCAGGCGUUAGUGGUUCACACACACAGAGAGAGAGAGGGGCUUCACUGGAGUGACUCUGCUCCUCCUCCCAGAGCAGCAGCUUGAUCCUGUUUGUAUAGAUUUUAUAUCAAUGCAAAUAUCAGAAGUUCUUGCAGCGGAAUUAGGCCGUUCGGCCCAUCGAGUCUACUCCGCCGUUCCAUCAUGGCUGGUCUGCCUACCCCUCUCAACUCUAUCCUCCUGCCUUCUCCCCAUAACCUCUGACACCCACCCCGUACCAAUUAAGAAUCUGUCAAUGUCGCCUUCAAAAUACCCAUUGACUUGGCCACCAAAGCUGUCAGUGGCCAUGAAUCCCACAGACUCUCAAUCCCACCCUCCUGACCAAAGAAAUUCCUCAAGGGUAGACAAAAAUGCCUGAGAAACCCAGCGGGUCGACCCGAAUGUUCACCCUAUUCCCUCGCUCCAUAGAUACUGCCUCACCCGCUGAGUUCCUCCAGCAUUUUUGUCCACCUUCGAUUUUUUUUUUUCUUCUCCCAGCACCUGCAGUUCUUUCGUAAAGAAAUUCCUCGCCUCCUUUCUAAAUGUCCUGCACCUCACUGCCUGCCCUAGUAGGCGUGGGCCUGCCUCAAACCCAAAGCAGCCCAGCCCUUCUCUCUCUGUGCAUGUGUGGAAGCACGUAAUCAUUUGUCAGUCUUGUCCAAGACGUGGAACAUUCGAAGGAAAGACUGAUCUUUCUAACAUCCACCGCGAUGAUAAUUCAAUUCUGAGCUCUUUGGCUCCUCCUGGUGGUCGUGUGAUUAAAUCCAGAACUAAUUGAGGUUUGGGGUGUUGGCUGGGUCUUAAAUAAUGACGAGUCCAAUUGUUCUAAAUCCACAGUUUCAAAUGAUCUUUGACUUGCUGGAUUUUUUUGUUCCUUCUUUAUUUUUAAAAGAAUUGUAAGCCUUUGCAUUUCCUGUUCAACAAAGAAACCUUUGAUCUUGAAAUGUGCGGAUGUUUUUAUUUGUCCGACAAACACUGUAAAAAGAUGGGACUUAAUGCCUUGGGCGCAGUUAUGAAAAAGAUUGUUUACCCACCGGCUGGAGUAAACGGAUCAGAGGAGGAAUGCAGCACAUGAUAUGAAUUGGUCUGCUGUCAACGUUUUUAAAAACAAUUAAAAUGUUCAGAAGAGGAA